AUGUACCAGGAGGAUAGUGACUCAGACAUGUACCAGGAGGAUAGUGAAUCAGACAUAUACCAGGAGGAUAGUGACUCAGACAUGUACCAGGAGGAUAGUGAAUCAGACAUGUACCAGGAGGAUGGUGACUCAGACAUGUACCAGGAGGAUCGUGACUCAGACAUGUACCUGGAGGAUAGUGAAUCAGACAUGUACCAGGAGGAUAGUGAAUCAGACAAGUACCAGGAGGAUAGUGACUCAUACAUGUACCAGGAGGAUAGUGAAUCAGACAUAUACCAGGAGGAUAGUGAAUCAUACAUAUACCAGGAGGAUAGUGAAUCAGACAUGUACCAGGAGGAUCGUGACUCAGACAUGUACCAGGAUGAUAGUGACUCAGACAUGUACCAGGAGGAUAGUGAAUCAGACAUGUACCAGGAGGAUAGUGACUCAGACAUAUACCAGGAGGAUAGUGAAUCAUACAUAUACCAGGAGGAUAGUGAAUCAGACAUAUACCAGGAGGAUAGUGACUCAGACAUGUACCAGGAGGAUAGUGAAUCAGACAUGUACCAGGAGGAUGGUGACUCAGACAUGUACCAGGAGGAUCGUGACUCAGACAUGUACCUGGAGGAUAGUGAAUCAGACAUGUACCUGGAGGAUAGUGAAUCAGACAUAUACCAGGAGGAUAGUGACUCAGACAUAUACCAGGAGGAUAGUGAAUCAGACAUGUACCAGGAUGAUAGUGAAUCAGACAUGUACCAGGAUGAUAGUGACUCAGAUAUGUACCUGAAUGAUUGUGAAUCAGACAUGUACCAUGAUGAUAGUGAAUCAGACAUGUACCAGGAUGAUAGUGAAUCAGACAUGUACCAGGAGGAUAGUGAAUCAGACAUGUACCAGGAGGAUAGUGAAUCAGAGUUGAAUACUUGA